AUGGAGCAGCUCUCGAGGGCGAGCAGACGUGCUAUUCGCUGUAAAAGGGUCUGCGAGAGUCAACCCAUGCUUCUGCAAGCCUCUGGGGGAGCCGGCAACACGACCAUGCCUAUGCCACCUUGGACGCCCCGACAGGCAUCGCUGGGAUUUCUCUCUGUUCCUCUCCAUGCGCGCCCUGGUCUCGCAGCGCCGUUCACGAGUUCACCCACACAGCGCUGCUGGAGCUGCCGGGACUUUGCUGAUGGUGGGACGUUGGCCAGCGUGGUUGGACGGGCUGGCGGGCCUGGCUGCUCAUUGGGGUCUAGCGAGAAGGCGUCGCGGCGAGUGAGAGGCAAGCAGCAGCCAGACGAGCGCAGAAGAGAACAGAGAACAGAACAUGACAGCUGCGAAUUAUUGUGCAGCCCACACAUCUGUCGAUUUUACACGCACCACUCAUAUCCUCAUGCCCUCCUCAAAGCAGCGCCCCGUGAGCAUCCUCAUCCAUACUCGUGGACGCACGAACUGCAUUGCGAGACCCCUCCAGCAGUGGCCGAAAUCGAUCCAUUCAGAGUUUCGAACCGCUUGUCGCCUCUUGCGCGCCCCGAAUGCACAUCACCAGUCCAGUGUACACCAGGUACACCAGGUACGAAGCGUCGGCGGACUGGUCGACUUGAGGCCGUCGCUGCAGAACGACUGGCUUCACAUUCCGUUGAGCUACGAAGAGACCAGUCUACAAACCUGCAUUUCCGCCUCUGGAUCAAAGAUCAGCGUGACGCGGUAUUCAAUGGUGGAGUCACAAAGCCGCAGCAGCAGCAGCAGCUUGAUCAACAGACUCUCACGGGCAAUGCAAGUAUCCUCGGUCCAUCAACACAGCACAACCGCCGCAGCGUGGAACAACCCAAUCGCCAACACCACAUGGAGAUUUCAUCGCCUUCGUUAUGCUUCUUCAUGUCAUAG